AUGAAGUCGCCAGUUUACGUCCUGGCUGUUCUCCUUCCUCUUCUCACCCAGAUAGCUACAGCAAACCCAGUUGCCGAACCUGAGUUCGAUGACCUCGAGGAGCGUGGCAGAGGAAACGACAAAGACAAUAACCACCAUGGAUGGGAUGAUAAGAACGUUUGUGAGGUCAAGCGAACUUAUCCGUACUACAAGUAUCCUUGUUCAUCUAGCCCCAAAAUCGGAACAUCCAUCCAAGGUGCUAUUUUUACACCGUCCUGUCGGUACCAGAACGGUGAUUCUGGUGUAUGGUACCUUGCCCCAAAAGGCUGGGUCAAGGACCAGGACAAGCCUCGACGGUGCCCUGGCACCACAAAAGCUUGCACCUAA